UUGUCCGAAAGAGCUCUGCCUCAUCUAGGCUGUUGAAAUUGUGACAGCAGCAAAAACAUUCGGCAGGGAUGGCAACUUGGAGAACCGCCGGCGAGAGGAGUUUGCAAGAACGACGUUAACUUGAGGCUCCGCUUUAGGAUAUUGUCUUGUCGUUUUUAAGAUCACAUCCAGCAAGUGCGCUCUUCCAGCUUUCACCCAAGUUUGCCUAAGUUUUCCGCUCUCUUAAGUGCUAGUGGGUGGCAGAUGAGCGUACGGCGUGCACUGAUUUUCUCUGCUCAUGCUUGUUGUGGGUAAGAUUUGCUCCGCUCUGGAUUACAAUGCUGUGUUCACACUCUUUUAAAGACAUGUAAUGCCUCUUUUUCGAUUUGAUUUUAAACUUCCGCGUAAGGAAGUAUUGAUUUUUCUGUGAAUGAACAAGACAAUUGUUUACGCUUCAUCAUCUGGCAAAGUUAAACGCGGAAAGCUGUCUGCCCUAAAAUCAUCAUCGUGAUACAUAUUCUGUCCAGGAAACGGCAAAAAGCAAGCGGACAACAUGUGUGCACAGCUGUGGUGAUAUUGCCUGAUUCCAGGGAAAUUACAGCGCAACAAUAAGAGCAAGAUCAAGUUUGCCAUCGGCGUACUUAAAGAAGUUAAUGUGGCAUGCCGGGUUUUCUUCGUCUUCAUGUUUCAAGGGUGAUACGCCUUUGCCGACGCCUGUGAUUGUUUCUGCGCCCUGUGUCAAAUGUCAAGCAGAGCCGACACGUCUCGGAUUGGAUCAGCACGGCUCGCUCCGCUGCGCCUUCUCUAGAUAUGGUGCCAGCUUGUGCUACAAUGCCGGGAUGUGCUGAGCCGCCGCGAAUCUCAGAAUGGCCCGCGAGGACUCGUUGAAGUGCCUACGCUCCCUCCUCUACGCUCUCAAUUUACUCUUCUGGUUGAUGUCAGUCUGCAUUUUGGGUGUUUCUGCUUGGAUGAGGGAUUACCUCAACAAUGUCAUCAUUUUAACUGCUGACACCAGGCUGGAAGAAGCAGUUCUUCGGACCUAUUCCCCGGUGAUUCAUCCAGUGAUGAUUACUGUGUGCUGUUUUCUAAUCAUUGUGGGAAUGCUUGGGUAUUGUGGUACUGUGAAAGGAAAUCCUCUGCUUCUGUCAUGGUAUUUUGGGAGUUUGUUGGUUAUAUUCUGUGUGGAAUUGGCCAGUGGUGUUUGGACUUAUGAACAGGAUAAUGUGGUCCCUGUACAAAGGUCCGAUAUGAUUAGUUUAAAGUCUCGAAUGCACAGCUAUGGCUUACCCCGCUACCAAUGGUUAACACACGCGUGGAACUUUUUUCAGAAGGAGUUCAAGUGCUGUGGAGUUUUAUACUUCACAGACUGGCUGGAAAUGACAGAGAUGGAGUGGCCCCCUGACUCAUGCUGCAUGAAGGAAUUCCCUGGGUGUGCCAGACAGGCGCACCUCGAGGACCUCAGUGACCUCUAUCAAGAGGGAUGUGGGCCUAAAAUGUUCAGCUUCAUAAGAGGAACAAAGCAAGUCCAAGUCCUGCGUUUCCUGGGCAUCUCGAUAGGUGUCUCUCAAAUCCUUGCUAUGAUUCUCACGGUGACUUUGCUUUGGGCUCUUUAUUAUGAUAGAAGAGCUCAACAGAUGGAGCAGAUUAUGCCGUUCAGUAGUGAUGCUUCUCAACACCUGCCCUGCCAUUCAACAGAACUGCUUAAACCCAGCCUAUCAAGAACCUUUGAACACGGGAUGGCUCCUAACAACUUCAGCACCCAGUUUGAAAUGCAGCAGCUUUCAUAGUGCAAAAACAGCUAAAGUUGUGUAUUUUACAUUUGCAAAAAUGCAUGGUUACCUGUGAAGGUUAGUAAACCUGAUGAUAUUUCUGCUCUUGGAGUUAUGUUUUAAAAUUUGCAACCAUCUGGUGAUGAAAGUUCUGUUCUGGUAAUUGCACCGUUAUUUAAAAAAAAUACAGAAACACUAAUUAGAAACAACAAAAUGAUGAAUUUUUAUGCUUGUACCCAUACAUAAUGAUUAUCAAAUGCCCUUUUUGUAAAUAAUCCUAGGUGUUUAAUAGCCUUUUUAACCUUUUUAAGUUCUAAUAUUUAUUUUAACUGUGAUUUUAAGUUUUACAAAUGUGUGUAUAGUUAUUAUAUUGCAUAAUUAUUUUGCGGUUAUAACAGGCAGCACAUUGAUGUGAGUGCUACUGUAGCCAUCUGACAUUUCCUGGACUGCAUUGCCUGCUAGGCUCUCUCUUUUAUGAAGACUUUGCAUGUUCUCUCUUUGUUCUGAUGGAUUUUUUCCACCUGUCUAAAACAUGCUGGUUAGGGGAUGUUGUCUGUGAAUGUGUGGGUCCUGAAUUUGAGCAGCAUCCAGUACCAGGUGAUCUCCUGCCUUAUCAAGUUUUUUUUCAUUAGCGGUUAAACGCAGGUUAAAGAAAACAAAGGAAUGUACAUCAUGGCAAUAACUGUGUUAGGUUUGACUGCUUCUGUAAUUAAAAUAUCAAUUGUUUUACUAAUAUUAGUAAUUGUUAGAACUAGCAAGAGCCUGGUUAUUUAUUUGGCCAAUUACUUUAAAUAUUAAGUGAUAUUUCACAAAAAAGAAGGACAAUCACCCAGUAUCUCUUUUUUUAAAACUGAAGUAGCAUACAGUAUGUGUGCACAUUCAUGACAACAGGCUGGCAUUUUCAUUCUGAUGUGUUCCUACCUCGUGCCCUUUGUUCUUGAGAUGAGCUCCAGCUUUCUGUGGAUACAGACGGGAUUUAAGAGGAUCACAACGUGAAUGAAGGAGAUGCUGACAAUCACUGUAUACAAUUCUGUUUGUAGCUCAUUUUAGUGGGUUAGGUUUGGUCAGAAGGUUCUGGCACCUUAUAAAAUGACAUUGUUCCUUAUUUCCUGUAUGAGAUUUGCAUAAAUCAUCAAUUAUAAAAAAAUACUGUUUUGCUGGAACGUUAAUUUAAUAUUAAUUUUAAUUUUAUACAAUGGAAAAUGAAAGGAAGCACUUGAAACAUUUCUUUGUAUCGUGUGGUUUUCCUGUGCCAUAUUUCUUUUCCAAUAAAAUAUCUUACAAAUGCAAGGACUAAUGCUACCUUAGUAAACAAUCACAAUAGGAAAGCAGAGAAAAUUUAUUUAAGUAUCUUUAUUUUGUAUUUAUUUUUUUGAAUGUACUGUAAGUUUCAUAUAAAAUGUUUUAUUGUUUUGAGGGAUAUUUUGGUAUGAAAAAUU